CGCCAUGUCCAGGCACGUUUUCCUCACGGGACCGCCAGGGGUUGGAAAGACUACGUUGAUCCAGAAAGCCACUCAAGCCCUAAAAUCCACAGGGAUUCCCAUUGAUGGAUUUUACACAGAGGAAGUGCGAGAAGGUGGCAGGAGAACAGGAUUUGAUGUUGUCACUCUGUCUGGAAAACGAGGACCUUUGUCUCGAGUCAGUUCCGAUUCUUCUGCUUCGAGACGUGAAUGUCGGGUGGGACAGUAUGUCGUAGACGUUGCUUCCUUUGAGCAGUUGGUUCUUCCUUUGCUGAGAAACGUGAAUCUUGGCAGUGACGCAGAGAGGAAGAUCUGUGUCAUAGAUGAGAUUGGUAAAAUGGAGCUCUUCAGCCAGCCCUUCGUUCAAGCCGUUCGUCAAACGCUGACCAGUUCAGGGACUGUGAUACUUGGGACUAUCCCAGUACCUAAAGGAAAGCCCCUGGAUCUUGUUGAAGAAAUAAGAAGCAGAAAAGAUGUUAAAGUGUUCAAUGUUAAUAAGGAAAAUAGAAACAGCAUUUUGCAAGACAUCUUGGCAACUGUGGAAUCCUGUGGAAAAUGAAGAUCCUUCUCUUCCCUGUAGACAGCAAGCUUUUGUUUUCAUCAAAUACUACGACAUUUUGCAGCUCUUUCAGAGUGUGUCCUUCCUGUGUCAGCCGCUGCAGGGUUUCUUGGAGCCUCCGGGGCCAGCGAGGUAGAGCUGGGAUUGCUUUAAAACGYGGCGGGAGGAUUCCUGCUUGCUCCCUUCACGAGCCCAGCAAAAACCUGYGCUGUGGCAGAGGGGGCAGCAGCGGCAUCACGCGGGGUGCCCGACUGCGGGUGGACUUACUGCAGUCCCRGCGGGAAUGAGAGCUCUGUGGAGGCACGGAAAGGAACUGGCUCUGCCCUCUUCCUGCCUAGACCAGGAGCCGGGAGCUGGUGCAGCAGUUGUAGGCUGGGAUUUGUUUGACGUUUCUGAGGACAGUYCUGUUUCUCAUCCCCUUUACGUUUGUGGGGGAGUUUUUCUAAAAUUUAUUUUUAUUCGGGUUCCUGAAACGUAGUUAAAUCAUGGCAUACUUUUUUUGCAUACAGAGUUUAGUAGAUGAAGGUAGAGUUAUUUUGCAGUUGCCUGUGCAGGUUUCACAGUCCUCUGUGGACUGUUGAUAUUUUCUUGACUUUCCUUUCAGUUCUGUGCCUGCUGCAUGGUUGGUGAUGAAAUGGGAGGUGUUUGAGAGGAUGAAACAAUGUGUUUCCCUCGGAGCGUUGCAAGCGUGUUCGGGAAAAGUGCUUCCACUUAAUUGGUGUUGUGUGUUGUGAAAACAGAAUUCCCUCCCAGGUGCCCACUUGCUCAUUGUAUGAUUUAUAGUUGUGUCUGGCUGUAAAAAGAUGUUAACAUUUCAGUGCUUGCUAGUCCUUUUUKUUUGUUUGGCUCAACAACUGUUCCAAUGAGCACGGCAUUUGAAGGCCUUUUCAAACAUCCAUUUGCCUAGUUGUUCCUGCGCAAGCCGGCCCCACAAGUUGUGUGGGGCUGCAGGGGGACGGGCCUUUCCGCAGGUCCUGGUGGGGAGAGGGGCUGCGCUGGCAGCAUCCUCAUCCUUCCCCAGGGCAGGGCGUGAGGCGCCUCCCCACGCCGGAGCUCUCCCUUGUGUCCAGACCCUUGUGUCCACAUCCAUGGCUCUGGACACAGCCUAGUGCCUGCCAGGGGCAGCGGCUGCUUUCCCCACCACUGCCGCAGCAGGAGGCGCAGCACAAGGGAAGGGAAGGGAAGGGAAGGGCUCCUUGGCCUCCGUUGGUCGAGGCUGCUGGGACCUCGUGAGGCCGGGAGCUUACGGCUGGUGUGCUGGGGUGAGCGUCCUCGGUGGCCGUAACGCUCCAGCUGUGCGAGUGAGGGGAACGAGUCGCUAGAGCAAAGUACCCCACACGGGGAUGGGUUCCUCAUUCACCUAAAUUUGGAUUGAACCACCACCCCUUUCCACAUACCAGUGGAUGUUGCUUGCUGCCACCCAGGCCAAGCCUGAAAGCCUCUCCCCGCUGCCCUACAGGGUGUUUUAGGAGAAGCCGAGAGCAGUUUUAUGGCCUGUGUCAGUGGGAGAUCCUGGAUGAUCUGAACGGUCGCUUCUGGCCUGGAGAUCUGAGUCAGUGUCGAAGUCACGACUCGCCUGUCUCCAAUAAGCAGCGAGUGAGUGAGAAAGCAGCAUUUCCAACUGGGCUCUAGGUUUUUGGACGUGCUGUGUUUACUUGAGAGGUAGAUAUUUACUGUCUGCUCCUGCACUAGUGAAGUGUCUAGAAAGUCUUAGGCGCAUUUAGCCACAACCAGUGCGUCUGCCAUUCCCCUGGCCGGCUAAUGCUGCUGUAAUAGCACGUGGCUAGUGCAAAUAACCCCGGGGGCAGCAGCGAGAGCCCACAUGACAACAGGAGGGCACCUGCAGGCUUUAAUUGGUGCAAAAAAGGGGAGGAGAGGAGGUACCAAUUAUUCUCUCCAAGGCUGAAAAUCAAGGACGUUUUUGGCAAGGAGGUUUGUAAUUUCAACGUAGAAUUGCGUGCAGCGGGGCAUAAGCAGGGCUUGCAUCGUCUAUCCUGCAUUAGCCCAUUUUUGACUUGUAAAAACUGGGAGGAGGCCGAGUGAGAGCGGAAUGGGGAACGCUGGACCUGCUGCACUGUUAAGUGUACGUGGGGUGUGUGGCUUGCAGAUGUGAGGCUGCAGGAGCACCAGUGACAUGCUGUGAUUAAYGGCCAACUCCCAGUCCAGAGAGGAAGCUAAAAAAGACACAAAUUGUGUAGUGAAGAAACAGGUAGKGAGGAGAUGCUGAUUAGCAGUGAAAUUCUCUCGCAGGUAAUUCUGAUCUUCUGCAAGGAGCUGUGUGGAAUUCAGCUAAGCUUGAGCUUUAAUCCCCCAGCAAGAGAGGAGCAGUGAGGGGGUGGGCAGGAGCCAAAUGCACGUGCAGUUUGUUGGCAAGGGAGGGCGCUGUGCAGCCGCUGGCUCAUCGGGGUGACGCCGCCUCACCUGGGCUCACAGGACAAAUCAGCCUGCAUGGGUUGGUUAAUUUUGGUGGAAAUAAAUUCAAAUUUGACUUAGAGAUUUGCACMCUAGAGGUCGAGGUGAAGGUACCUGAAUAUGCAAGCGUUCAGCAUACCUGUAGGAUGGGAAUAGUUUGGGAAUUCUGUAAGGAAGUUUUGUGCUUACCUGCUUCCCC